AUUUACCUCACCCCCCACCCCCCACCCCUUUUUUUUUUUACAAUGGAUACCUGCAGGGUGCGAGCCUGGGUGUUUCUGGUCCUGUUAUGGCAGGACGGGUAUUUGGCAUCGCAGUUUCCGACACAGCUCAUGAUUAAAGAAUGGGUGGAACAGAUGCAGAAAGAGCUUGUAACCCUGGCAGACACGGCCACAGCUGGGAAAGGCCUCACUCAGAUUUUUCUGAGAAACCGACACCUGUACACUGUGGAGCAAAACGACGCAGAGGAGCUGGUGGCAAGAGCAGCCAGGAAAAUUGAACAGCUGCUGCGGAAGAGGUCUGCUGCCUUGGAGAAACUGGCCACAGCUGCUGAGAAAUUCCAGACGGAGCAUAGGUGGGAAGACGAGUUUGAGGGUGAUGAAAUCUCCUACUACAACGCAAAGGACAACCUGGAUGCAAAUGAGACAGAGGGAAGAAAAUAUAGGAUUCGGCCAGACUUUAAAGAGGACCCAUCAUUUAAACGUUUGACUGAUCACAACCACACGGCUGUCCACAUCCCCACUGACAUCUAUGAUGGCUCCACCAUUGUGCUGAAUGAACUUAACUGGUCGGAGGCAUUGGAGGACGUGUUUAGAAAGAACAGAGAGGAUGACCCGACCCUUCUCUGGCAGGUGUAUGGCAGCGCUACGGGCCUGGCUCGCUACUACCCAGCUUCUCCUUGGAUGGAUGCGCGCAAGACCCCCAGUAAAAUUGACCUGUAUGAUGUCCGCAGGAGGCCAUGGUACAUUCAAGGAGCUGCCUCACCCAAAGAUAUGCUAAUCCUUGUGGAUGCAAGCGGGAGUGUGUCUGGCUUGACUCUCAAACUGAUCAGGACCUCCGUGAGUGAGAUGCUGGAGACUCUGUCUGAUGACGACUACGUCAAUGUCGUUUAUUUUAACACCCGGGUGAAGAAAACGGCGUGUUUCGAACAUCUGGUUCAAGCCAACGUGAGGAACAAGAAGCUGCUGAAGGACGCUGUUCAGAACAUCACAGCUAAAGGAAUUACAAACUACACAAAAGGCUUUGAGUUUGCUUUUGAGCAGCUCUCUACUACCAAUGUGAGUAGAGCAAACUGCAACAAGAUCAUCAUGCUAUUUACUGACGGAGGAGAGGAAAGAGCUCAGGCCAUACUAGAGAAGUACAAUGCUGAGAAAAAGGUGAGGAUCUUCACCUUCUCAGUAGGACAGCACAACUAUGAUAAAGGACCCAUUCAGUGGAUGGCCUGCUCCAACAAAGGUUACUUCUAUGAGAUCCCUUCCAUCGGAGCCAUCAGAAUAAACACACAGGAGUACCUAGAUGUCCUGGGAAGGCCAAUGGUUCUGGCAGACAAGCAGGCCAAACAAGUCCAGUGGACGAAUGUAUACCUUGAUGCUCUGGAACUGGGUCUGGUCAUUACUGGCACACUACCUGUCUUCAAUAAAACGAAGACCAUAGAUGACAGGAAUGGCGAGCACCAGAAUCAGUUGAUUCUUGGCGUAAUGGGGAUUGACGUGUCUCUGGAUGACAUCAAGAAGCUCACACCGCGCUUCACAAUUGGUCCAAAUGGGUACUACUUUGCCAUUGAUCCCAAUGGAUAUGUCCUGCUGCACCCCAAUCUCCAGCCAAAGAAUCCUAAAUUCCAGGAACCUGUUACCCUAGACUUCCUCGAUGCUGAGCUGGAGAAUGACAUCAAAGUAGAGAUCAGGAGAAUGAUGAUCGAUGGUGAGACAGGCGAACGUUCCAUUAACACACUGGUGAAAACUCAGGAUGAGAGGUACAUAGAUAGAGGAGUCAGGACCUACACGUUUGCGCCGGUCAAUGGAACAGAUUACAGCCUGGCUCUUGCUCUGCCAAGAUACAGUGAACACUUCAUUCAAGCCAAACUGGGAGAUGACUCGAAAGGAGCUAUGUCUUCUUCUUGGGGGCAAGAAGCCAUGGAAACCAUACAGCAGGAGAGGUUUGAUGAGUGUGGUUACACCUACAUUGCUCCGAGGGAGUACUGCAAAGAGCUGAAGUUGUCACUCAACAACACCCAGUUUCUCCUCGACUUCAGCCAGUACAUCGAUAGCAACACUUCAGAUGCAUGUAAUGUGUCCCUGGUGAAUCGACUAAUCCUGGAUGCAGGUCUGACAGCUGAACUGGUUAAACUUUGGAACGAGCAGACAGUGGAUGGAAUAAUGGCCAGAUUUGUAGCCACAGAUGGAGGAAUAACAAGAGUCUACCCAAGAAGUGCCGGGGAAGAGUGGACUGAGAAUCCUGAGACAUAUGAGUCCAGCUUCUACAAAAGGACCCUGGACAAUGAAAUAUAUAUUUUCACAGCUCCAUCUUUCAACCCAGAGGGUAGGGAGCCUGUUACUGAGUCAGCUAUUCUAGUGAGCAAAGCAGUGGACCUCACGAUUGACGAAGUCACACUCAAACCAGCUGUGGUGGGAGUGAAACUUAAUGUCUCCUUCUGGAUGAGCAUUUUCAUGAAUGCUACACUGAAGCUGAAUUGCAAGGAUGAGAUUUGUGGCUGUCUGAGGAAUGACAAGCAUGUAGACUGUGCCAUCCUGGAUGAUGGGGGAUUUCUUCUCAUGUCCAACCACGAUGAGUAUAUCACACUGAUAGGUCAGUUCUUUGGGGAGGUGGAUCCUGUGCUGAUGAUCAACCUGGUCAACACCUCCUUGUACUCGUUCAAUAAGACCUAUGACUACCAAUCUAUCUGUGACCCAGAGAAAGACAGCAAGGCUGCAGCAGGACCCCGCUCCGUCUAUGUGCCUACCAUUGCAGACAUGCUCAGUAUUGGCUGGUGGGCCUCCACUGCUGCCUGGUCGAUACUCCAGCAGCUCUUCUUUGGUCUCAUGUUCCCCAACCUUCUAGAGGCAGCGGAGUCAGCAGAUGAUGACAUAUCAGAUGCCAUGUUUAAGGAGAGCUGCAUCACCGAGCAGACUCAAUACUUCUUUGACAAUGAUGAAAGUUCCUACUCAGGUGUCCUGGACUGUGGAAACUGUUCCAGGAUGUAUCGUGCUGAGAAGCUGCCAAACACCAACCUAGUGUUCCUGAUCACCGAUGCCAAGGCAACAUGUUUGUCGUGUGACCCCAGGCCGCUACGGCAGGCUGAACAACCCUCUGAAGGUCCAGAUCCAUGCGAGCUGGCUCAGAAUCCCAGAUACCGCAAAGGGCCGGACGUAUGUUUCGACAACAAUGAAGACGAAGAUGAUUCUGACUGUGGAGGAGGGACCUGCCUAAGCCUGUGUCUUUGGCCGAUGCUUGGGCUCCAACUACUGCUGCUGUGGCUCAUCACAUCUUUACAGAACUCAUGACCCCUACACACACACUCAUACACUCACACACCGAUCACCUCAUCCCAUAAGAGGCCAGAAGACACUUCAGUUAUGCCAUCCAGGAAGUAUGCCGAAUAUUUGCAAAAAGACAUUUUGUUUUCUGACGACAGUAUCAGCAUUUCCAUUUUCCAAUGCCAAAGGGUCCGCAUUCAUUUCCUUUUCAAUUCAAUCCGCAUUCAAUUCAUUUUCAAAAAUAGAGACACAUUUACUGUGCUCAGCUGCACUCAUUUCCAUGAACUACUCCUUAAUACCCUCCUAUGGUGCAAGAGUAAGAGCUAACCAAACCCUUUAAUUCUGCCUCAUUCGUUUCUCUGAUUUAUUUAGCAGAGGUUGAAGAGUCCCACUAUGCCAAUUAAAUAUCAUUAAAAGACUGUAUGUUCACUGACGGCGUUGAUUUGUGUAGUUGUCGAUAUUGUUUGUUGCUUAUUAUACUUACGUAUGAAUCAUAAUGCUGCAAUGAUUUAUUAUUGUUGGCAACCAGUGCAACUAUGAAGAUUAUCCCUUUUUGUUUGAGUGUUUUUUAAAUGUACUGUACCUAUUUAUUUUAAUUUUUUGUACUCAAAAUCAACUAGCAUUUCGUGACUAGUUAGGUGUUGUAUUGUAGCAGCAUGUGCUCAGUACAGAGCUAAAGACAACACCAGUACUCUGACACCAAAGCUCCACACAGAACCAAGGACCGCAAAUACACACAGACCUACUACAGAGAAUCUUCAGGCUAGUUUAUUUUAAGAGACUCCUCAGACGUGGGUGCGCAUCAGUAUUCAAGUUACAAUGUUAGCUAAAUAGAUAGAUACAGUAGAAAGCUCGCUGAAAAGUAAGUGAGAUCAUGCGAAUUACAAUAUGUUAGCAUAUUACAAUUUCAAUCUGAUGCAUCAGAUUCCCAGUGCCUACGUAGUAGCUCAAACAGUCUGUUAUCUGAAUGAAGCAGUGGACCAGAGUUGUAUUCUUGCCAUGUAUGCUUCUUUGAUCAGGCUUGCUGCAGUAUAGCAAAGAAGGUAGCCCUUGCAGUAAUAUGUUGUGAAAUGGGCAAAAUCUGCUGCAGUUAUUCAUAUUUGUGGCCCAGGCAGAAGUAGAAACAAUCAAAAUUUUAAUUAUGGGAGAAUAUAAUUUCCCUCCAUGGUCCAAACAAACCUAAACCAGACUUGAGCUUUGUUUUCCAACACCUCUCUUUAUUAGUCCUGUUUCUGUUCCCUUUCUGGAUCACCAGACUCAGGAGCCAAGAUGACUUGUGAAUGAGAUCAGCAUAUCAAAAUGACUGUUUCAUUGUUUUCUUUUCCUUGCUGUUCUCCUCAUGCUUGUUUCCUCUUUUUGUUUUGCUCUAUAAGUGCUGUGAAGCAGGCACUGAAAGCUCAGUGUCGUAAUGCUGCAAUGUCAUGGGAUGAGCUUGUUCUGUGUUUGAACGCUGUCUAUGCCUAUGAUCAGCAUCAGGGCCUGUUGGAGAGAACUUUGAGAAUACACUACUACCAGUGGUAAUUUUGCAUUGCCUUACAUUACCAUGAGUCAUAAAGGUCGCACUUUAGUGUUUGUUUUCCUUUUUUAGCGAUUUAAACAAAGUUGAGUUCUCUCCACCUCGCCUUCAUGGUGACCUUGUUGAGUGUUCAGGUUAUGCCUGUCUAUCAAAGUCGCGUGUUGACUUGUGUUUUAACCCGGGGGUCCCGUGUCUAUGUGCAGGCAUGUGCGUGUCCCUCCGAUAUCUGAUUGUGCUUUAUUACUGCACAUGAAUUACUCUUUUGUGGAACUUGAUUAGCCUGAAUAAAUUUUGUAUACAUUUGUACACUACUACUAUUUACUGUAUAAAAGAGAAAAUGAAAGAAAAGAAAAAGUGUUUAUAAUAUGGUGUUGAUUAUUGUGCAAAUAUAUAUUCACAAUAAAAGUGUU